AUGAAUUCAACAAAUGAAGAUUCCGCAAUAUCCAAUAUUAAAAGUUAUUAUAUUAUUUGUUCUCUAUCAGCAGGCUUUGGUCUUAUAUCUAUAAUCAUGUCGAUGGCAAUUAUAAUUAUAAUAAGACGUUCAAAACCUCGUCUACACACAGUUAGACAUCUACUAAUGUGUAAUACAUGUAUUGCAUCGAUUGUUUAUUGUAUUGUACAAACUAUUAAUUAUAGUUUUCUUAUCUUUUUACCAUGGGAAACAGGUGAUAUAGGAUGUCAAUGGCGAGGCUAUUUCGGUUACAUGACAAUUUCAGCAGCUACAUAUUCUUAUCUUGUUCAAGCAACAUCACGUCUUUUCUUCGCAAGAUUUUCAACAAAAUAUCCUUGGUUAUUAACAUUCAAAACACAUUAUUAUCUUAUUCUUAUACAUUGGAUUGCUGUAUUAAUUAUACCAUUAAGUUCAGUUAUCACAAAAGAUAUUCGUUUCCGUCCUGGUCUUUUAUGUUGGGUACCAUUGAAGUACACAAUUCAUGUGGCGUAUACUGUAUUUGGCUACUAUUUUGUACCAAUCGCUUCUAUCAUGAUUAUUUAUAUCUAUAUCUAUAGACGAAUUAAAAAUGAAAGGAAGCGUGCUAAAAGUAUUCUUCAUACAGUGAAUGAGAAACGUGAUCUUGAAGUUCUUCGUAAUAUCGUUAUUCUUCUGUUUAUUUACAUAACAGGUGGUGUUCCAACAAUGCUUUUUCUUCUUUUUACAAUGGAAAUAUUUUAUUUAGCUGGUAUUGUUACAUUUACAUUAGCUGUAACUGUUGAAAAGAUAUGUACAAUCUUACUCGAUCGAGAACUUCGUCAAGUUGUAUGGAAUAUAAUAUAUUCAAGAAAUCGUGUUACACCUUUUGAAAAUACAAUCACACAAACAAGAAAUGCAGCAAAUGUAAAACGUGUUUGA